AGUGUCUCUCGUCGCCUCCUCUUCUCCCCCCGUUUCGCCCCCGCCUCCUUGUGGCGAUGAGAAGGAGGAGGACAGCGCCGAGGAGGAAGAAGCUGAUGGCGGCGGCGGAGCUCCGGCAGACCUCGGCUGGGCAGGGGCCGGCCGCGGCGGGCUGGGGACUGCGCCUCUAGAGCCGCGAGUUCCCGGGGAUUCUCCGCAGCGGACGCGCUCGCGGUCGGUGCUGCCGAGCCCUCUGCUCCGGGCCUGGCCAGGGCCCGUCCCCUCGCCUUUUGCCCCUACCUUUUCUACCGAGAUCGCAUCCCUCUCUCGGCCACCGCCGCCCGGCGAAGAGAAAAAGGAACUUCCCCCACCCCUGUCUGUGUCGACGGAGACCCCUUAAAGCCCACUCCCCCCCUCCGGAGCGGGGCGGGGAUCCCGGGCCGAAGAAGAGAUUUCCUGAGGAUUCGCGUUUUCCCUGCCUCGAUCUGCGAAAGAAUUAAAAAUGGCCGAGAAUGUGGUGGAACCGGGGCCGCCUUCAGCCAAGCGGCCUAAACUCUCCUCUCCGGCCCUCUCGGCGUCCGCCAGCGACGGCACAGAUUUUGGCUCUCUAUUUGACCUGGAGCACGACUUACCGGAUGAAUUAAUCAACUCUACAGAAUUGGGACUAACCAAUGGUGGUGAUAUUAGUCAGCUUCAGACAAGUCUUGGCAUAGUACAAGAUGCAGCUUCCAAACAUAAACAGUUGUCAGAAUUACUACGAUCUGGUAGUUCCCCUAACCUCAAUAUGGGGGUUGGUGGUCCAGGCCAGGUCAUGGCAAGUCAGGCCCAACAGAACAGUCCUGGAUUAGGUUUGAUAAAUAGCAUGGUCAAAAGCCCAAUGGCACAGCCUGGCUUGACUUCUCCCAACAUGGGGAUGGGUACUAGUGGACCAAAUCAGGGUCCUACUCAGUCCACAACAGGUAUGAUGAACAGUCCAGUAAAUCAGCCUGCCAUGGGAAUGAACACAGGGAUGAAUGCUGGCAUGAAUCCUGGAAUGUUGGCGGGCAACGGACAGGGGAUAAUGCCUAAUCAAGUCAUGAAUGGUUCAAUUGGAGCAGGCCGGGGACGAACGAAUAUGCAGUACCCAAACCCAGGCAUGGGAAAUACUGGCAGCUUAUUGACUGAGCCACUGCAGCAAGGCUCUCCCCAGAUGGGAGGACAAGCAGGAUUGAGAGGCCCCCAGCCUCUUAAGAUGGGAAUGAUGAGCAAUACCAAUCCUUACAGUUUGCCAUAUUCUCAAAAUUCUGGACAGCAGCUUGGAGCCAGUGGCCUGGGUCUCCAGAUUCAGACAAAGACUGUACUACCAAAUAGCUUAUCUCCAUUUGCAAUGGACAAAAAGGCAGUUCCUGGUGGAGGGAUGCCCAGCAUGGGCCAGCAACCUGCCCCCCAGGGCCAGCAGCCAGGCCUGGUGACUCCAGUUUCCCAGGGGAUGGGUUCUGGAGCACAUACGGCUGAUCCAGAGAAGCGCAAGCUCAUCCAGCAGCAGCUUGUACUCCUUUUACAUGCCCACAAGUGCCAGCGCCGGGAGCAGGCUAACGGCGAAGUGAGGCAGUGCAACCUUCCCCACUGUCGCACAAUGAAGAAUGUUCUGAACCACAUGACACACUGCCAGUCAGGCAAGUCCUGCCAAGUGGCACACUGUGCAUCUUCUCGACAAAUCAUUUCACACUGGAAGAAUUGUACAAGACACGAUUGUCCUGUGUGUCUUCCACUAAAAAAUGCUGGGGAUAAGAGAAAUCAGCAGUCAAUUCUGACUGGAGCACCUGUUGGGCUUGGAAACCCGAGUUCUCUCGGAGUGGGUCAGCAGUCCACACCUAGUUUAAGCACUGUUAGUCAGAUUGAUCCCAGCUCUAUAGAGCGAGCCUAUGCAGCUCUCGGCUUACCUUACCAAGUAAACCAGAUGCCACCACAACCCCAGGUGCAAACGAAGAACCAGCAGAAUCCCCAGUCUGGACAGUCUCCCCAAGGCAUGCGGGCCAUGAGCAACAUGAGUGCUAGUCCUAUGGGAGUAAAUGGAGGUGUAGGAGUUCAAACCCCGAAUCUUCUUUCUGACUCCAUGCUGCAUUCAGCCAUAAAUUCUCAAAACCCAAUGAUGAAUGAAAAUGCUAGUGUGACCUCCCUGGGUCCUAUGCCAACAGCAGCUCAACCAUCCAGUACUGGAAUUCGGAAACAGUGGCAUGAAGAUAUUACUCAGGAUCUUCGGAACCAUCUGGUUCAUAAACUUGUUCAAGCCAUAUUUCCCACUCCGGAUCCUGCUGCUUUAAAAGAUAGAAGAAUGGAAAACCUGGUUGCAUAUGCUCGGAAAGUAGAAGGGGACAUGUAUGAAUCUGCAAAUAAUAGAGCUGAAUACUACCACCUUCUAGCUGAGAAGAUCUAUAAAAUCCAGAAAGAAUUAGAAGAAAAACGAAGGACUAGACUACAGAAACAAAAUAUGCUACCAAAUGCAAGUAUGGUACCAGUUUCUAUGAAUCCAGGCCCUAACAUGGGACAGCCACAACCAGGAAUGACUUCCAAUGGUCCUCUACCCGACCCAAAUAUGAUCCGUGGUAGUGUGCCAAAUCAGAUGAUGCCUCGGAUAACGCCACAACCUGGGUUGAAUCAGUUCAGCCAGAUGAAUAUUCCCCAGCCCCCUAUUGGACCCCGACAAACCUCUCCUCUUCAGCACCAUGGACAGAUGGCUCAGCCUGGAGCUCUGAACCCGCCGAUGGGCUAUGGACCUCGAAUGCAGCAGCCUUCCAGCCAGAGCCAGUUCCUCUCCCAGACUCAGUUCCCACCACAGGGCAUGAAUGUAACAAAUAUACCUUUGGCUCCUUCCAAUGGUCAAGCACCGGUUUCUCAAGCACAAAUGUCCAGUUCUUCCUGCCCAGUGAACUCUCCUAUAAUGCCUCCAGGGUCUCAAGGAAGCCACAUUCACUGUCCCCCUCUCCCUCAACAAGCUUUGCAUCAGAAUUCACCCUCUCCUGUCCCUAGUCGUACCCCUACUCCUCAUCACACUCCUCCAAGCAUAGGGGCUCCACAGCCACCAGCAACGGCAAUUCCAGCACCUGUUCCUACACCUCCUACUUUGCCACCUGGGCCACAGUCCCAAGCUCUACAUCCCCCCUCCAGGCAGACACCUACACCACCAACAACACAGCUUCCUCCUCAAGUGCAGCCUUCACUUCCUGCUGCUCCUUCAGCUGAGCAGCCCCAGCAGCAGCCUCGGUCACAGCAGAGUGUAGCAGCCUCUGUUCCUACCCCAACAGCGCCUCUGCUGCCGCCACAGCCCACAACCCCGCUUUCCCAGCCUGCUGUAAGCAUCGAAGGACAGGUUUCAAACCCUCCAUCGACUAGUAGUGCUGAAGUAAAUUCUCAGAAUAUUCCUGAGAAACAGCCUUCACAGGAAGUAAAAACAGAGGUUAAAAUGGAAGUAGAUCAACCACAAUCAGCAGAUGCUCAGUCUGAAGAUAUCCCAGAGACUAAACCAGAAGACUGUAAAGUGGAACCUUCAGAAACAGAAGAGAGAGGUACAGAGAUGAAAAGUGAAAUAAAAGAAGAAGACCAGCCAAAUACUUCAGCUACUCAGUCCUCUCCAGUUCCAGGACAGUCAAAGAAAAAGAUUUUCAAACCAGAGGAAUUACGACAGGCUCUAAUGCCAACAUUAGAGGCACUUUACCGUCAGGACCCAGAAUCUCUUCCCUUUCGUCAGCCUGUGGACCCUCAGCUUCUAGGAAUUCCUGAUUACUUUGAUAUUGUGAAGAGCCCCAUGGAUCUUUCUACUAUCAAGAGGAAGUUAGAUACUGGCCAGUACCAAGAGCCCUGGCAAUAUGUGGAUGACAUUUGGCUCAUGUUCAACAAUGCCUGGUUAUAUAACCGGAAAACUUCAAGAGUAUACAAAUACUGCUCCAAGCUAUCUGAGGUCUUUGAUCAAGAAAUUGACCCUGUCAUGCAAAGCCUUGGAUAUUGUUGUGGCAAAAAGUUGGAGUUCUCUCCACAGACACUAUGUUGCUAUGGCAAACAGUUAUGCACAAUCCCUCGUGAUGCCACUUACUACAGUUACCAGAACAGGUAUCAUUUCUGUGAGAAGUGUUUCAAUGAAAUCCAAGGGGAGAGCGUUUCUUUGGGGGAUGACCCUUCCCAGCCUCAGACUACAAUAAAUAAGGAACAAUUUUCCAAGAGAAAAAACGACACACUGGAUCCUGAACUGUUUGUUGAAUGUACAGAGUGUGGAAGGAAAAUGCACCAAAUCUGUGUCCUUCAUCAUGAGAUCAUCUGGCCGACUGGACUGGUCUGUGAUGGAUGUUUAAAGAAAACUGCACGAACUAGAAAAGAGAAUAAGUUUUCUGCUAAAAGGUUGCCGUCUACCAGGCUCGGCACCUUUUUAGAGAAUCGUGUGAAUGAUUUUCUGAGGCGACAGAACCAUCCUGAAUCAGGAGAGGUCACUGUUAGGGUUGUUCAUGCUUCUGACAAAACUGUGGAAGUCAAGCCAGGCAUGAAAGCAAGGUUUGUAGAUAGUGGAGAGAUGGCCGAAUCCUUUCCAUACCGAACCAAAGCCCUUUUUGCCUUCGAAGAGAUUGAUGGUGUUGACUUGUGCUUCUUCGGCAUGCAUGUUCAAGAGUACGGCUCUGACUGUCCUCCACCCAACCAGAGGAGAGUAUAUAUAUCUUACCUCGAUAGUGUUCAUUUCUUCCGUCCUAAGUGCUUGAGGACUGCGGUAUACCAUGAAAUUUUAAUUGGAUAUUUAGAGUAUGUCAAGAAAUUAGGAUACACAACAGGGCAUAUUUGGGCCUGUCCACCAAGUGAGGGCGAUGACUAUAUCUUCCAUUGUCAUCCCCCUGACCAGAAGAUACCCAAGCCUAAGCGCCUACAGGAGUGGUACAAAAAGAUGCUUGACAAGGCUGUAUCAGAGCGUAUUGUCCACGACUACAAGGAUAUUUUAAAACAAGCUACUGAAGAUCGAUUAACAAGUGCUAAGGAAUUGCCGUACUUUGAGGGUGAUUUCUGGCCCAAUGUCCUGGAAGAAAGCAUUAAGGAACUGGAACAGGAAGAGGAAGAAAGAAAGAGGGAAGAGAACACCAGCAAUGAAAGCACUGAUGUGACAAAAGGAGACAGCAAAAGUGCUAAAAAGAAGAACAAUAAGAAAACCAGCAAAAAUAAAAGCAGCCUCAGUAGGGGCAACAAGAAGAAGCCUGGCAUGCCCAAUGUGUCUAAUGAUCUAUCUCAGAAACUGUAUGCCACCAUGGAGAAACAUAAAGAGGUCUUCUUUGUGAUUCGCCUCAUUGCUGGUCCUGCUGCCAACUCCCUGCCUCCCAUUGUUGAUCCUGACCCUCUAAUUCCCUGUGAUCUGAUGGAUGGUCGAGAUGCAUUCCUCACCCUCGCCAGGGACAAGCAUCUGGAAUUCUCUUCGUUAAGAAGAGCCCAGUGGUCUACCAUGUGCAUGCUGGUGGAGCUGCACACACAGAGCCAGGACCGCUUUGUCUACACCUGCAAUGAAUGCAAGCACCAUGUGGAGACGCGCUGGCACUGCACUGUCUGUGAGGAUUAUGAUUUGUGCAUCACCUGUUAUAACACUAAAAAUCAUGACCACAAAAUGGAGAAACUAGGCCUUGGCUUAGAUGACGAGAGCAACAAUCAGCAGGCCGCCGCCACUCAGAGCCCAGGAGACUCGCGCCGCCUGAGCAUUCAGCGCUGCAUCCAGUCCCUGGUGCACGCCUGCCAGUGCCGCAACGCCAACUGCUCCCUGCCUUCCUGCCAGAAGAUGAAGCGGGUGGUCCAGCACACCAAAGGCUGCAAACGCAAAACCAACGGCGGCUGCCCCAUCUGCAAGCAGCUCAUCGCCCUCUGCUGCUACCACGCCAAGCACUGCCAGGAGAACAAGUGUCCUGUGCCCUUCUGCCUCAACAUCAAGCAGAAGCUUCGGCAGCAGCAACUGCAGCACCGGCUCCAGCAGGCGCAGAUGCUGCGCAGGAGGAUGGCCAGUAUGCAGAGGACGGGCGUGGCGGGGCAGCAGCAAGGCCUGCCCUCUCCAACCCCUGCCACUCCCACCACCCCCACUGGCCAGCAGCCAGCUACCCCACAGACGCCCCAGCCCCAGCCGCCCACGCAGCCCCAGCCCACCCCUCCCAGCAGCAUGCCACCCUACUUGCCCAGGACUCAAGCUGCGGGCCCUGUGUCCCAGGGUAAGGCGGCAGGCCAGGUGACCCCUCCCACCCCCCCUCAGACCGCUCAGCCACCCCUGCCCGGACCCCCACCUGCAGCAGUCGAAAUGGCCAUGCAGAUCCAGAGGGCAGCCGAGACGCAGCGCCAGAUGGCCCACGUGCAAAUCUUUCAACGGCCAAUUCAGCAUCAGAUGCCCCAGAUGACGCCCAUGGCCUCCAUGGGCGUGAACCCGCCGCCCAUGGCCAGAGGUCCUGGUGGCCACAUGGAACCCGGGAUGGGGCCUGCAGCCAUGCAGCAGCAGCCCCCCUGGGUUCAAGGAGGAUUGCCUCAGCCCCAGCAACUUCAGUCUGGGAUGCCAAGGCCCGCCAUGAUGUCAGUGGCCCAACAUGGUCAGCCCUUAAACAUGGCUCCGCAACCAGGACUGGGCCAAGUAGGUGUGAGCCCACUGAAACCCGGCACUGUGUCUCAACAAGCCUUACAAAACCUCCUGCGGACUCUCAGGUCUCCCAGCUCUCCCCUCCAGCAGCAACAGGUGCUCAGUAUCCUGCACGCCAACCCCCAGCUGUUGGCUGCAUUCAUCAAACAACGGGCUGCCAAGUAUGCCAACUCGAACCCACAGCCUCUUCCUGGGCAGCCUGGCAUGCCCCAGGGCCAGCCGGGGCUGCAGCCACCUGCCAUGCCGGGGCAGCAGGGCGUCCACUCCAACCCAGCCCUGCAGAAUCUGAACCCCAUGCAGGCCGGCGUCCAGAGGGCUGGCCUGCCUCCGCCGCAGCCGCAGCCGCAGCUGCAGCCACCCAUGGGAGGCAUGAGCCCCCAAGCGCAGCAGAUGAACAUGAACCACAGCACCAUGCCCCCGCAGUUCCGGGACAUCUUGAGACGGCAGCAAAUGAUGCAGCAGCAGGGCGCAGGGCCAGGCAUCGGCCCGGGAAUGGCCGGCCACAACCAGUUCCAGCAGCCUCAAGGAGUUGGCUAUCCAGCCCCACAGCAGCAACAGCAGCAGCAGCAGCAACGGAUGCAGCAUCACAUGCAACAGAUGCAGCAGGGGAAUAUGGGACAGAUGGGACAGCUCCCUCAGGGCUUGGGAGCAGAGGCCGGAGCCAGUCUGCAGGCCUACCAGCAGCGACUCCUUCAGCAACAGAUGGGGUCACCUGCUCAGCCCAACCCCAUGAGCCCCCAGCAGCAUAUGCUCCCCAGUCAAGCCCAGUCCCCACACCUUCAAGGCCAACAGCUUCCUAAUUCUCUCUCCAAUCAAGUUCGAUCUCCCCAGCCCGUCCCUUCCCCACGGCCGCAAUCCCAGCCCCCCCACUCCAGCCCAUCUCCAAGGAUGCAGCCUCAGCCUUCUCCACACCAUGUUUCCCCACAGACCAGCUCCCCACAUCCAGGACUGGUAGCUGCCCAGGCCGCCAACCCCAUGGAACAAGGGCAUUUUGCCAGUCCGGACCAGAAUUCAAUGCUAUCUCAGCUCGCUAACAAUCCAGGCAUGGCAAACCUCCAUGGUGCAAGCGCCACGGACCUGGGACUCAGCACCGAUAACUCAGACUUGAAUUCGAGCCUCUCACAGAGUACACUAGACAUACACUAGAGACACCUUGUAGUAUUUUGGGAGCAAAAAAAUUAUUUUCUCUUAACAAGACUUUUUGUACUGAAAACAAUUUUUUUGAAUCUUUCUUAGCCUAAAAGACAAUUUUCCUUGGAACACAUAAGAACUGUGCAGUAGUGUUUGUGGUUUGAAGCAAACAUGCAAGAUGAACCUGAGGGAUACUAGAAUACAAAGAAUAUAUUUUUGUUAUGGCUGGUUACCCCCAGUCUUUUUUUCCCCUUGUGUGUGUGGUUCAAGUGUGCACUGGGAGGAGGCUGAGGCCUGAAGCCACCAUAUGCUCCUGCUGCCUUGCACCUCCAAUAGGUUUUAUUAUUUUUUUUAAAUUAAUGAAAAUAUGUAAUAUUAAUAGUUAUUAUUUACUGGUGCAGAUGGUUGACAUUUUUCCCUAUUUUCCUCACUUUAUGGAAGAGUUUAAAAAAAAGCAUUUCUAAAACCAGAGGACAAAAGGGGUUAAUGUUACUUUAAAAUUACAUUAUAUAUAUCUAUAUAUAUAUAUAAAUAAAUAUAUAUAAAUAUAUAUUAAAAUACCAAUUUUUUCUCUGGGUGCAAAGAUGUUCAUUCUUUUAAAAAUGUUUUAAGAAAAAAAAAUCUCCCUUUCCUCCCUUCAAGUCAACUUUUGUGCUCCAGAAAUUUUUCUAUUCCGUCAGUCUGAGCGUAAAACUUCAAGUAUUAAAAUAAUUUGUACAUGUAGAAAGAAAAAUGACUUUUUCAAAAUAUACAGGGGCAGCUGCCAAAUUGAUGUAUUAUAUAUAUUGUGGUUUUUGUUUCUUUAAAGAAUUUUUUUUCGUUAUUUUUACAUCUAACAGGAAAAAUAAUUAAAAAGAGGGUAAGAAACGAUUCCGGUGGGAUGAUUUUAACAUGGAAAAUGCCCCUGGGGUUUCUUCUUUGCUUGCUUUCUUCCUCUUUACCCUCCCCUUCCACACAUACACACACACACACACAUAUACACACACACACACAUACACACACAACACACGUUUUCUGUAAAACUUGAAAAUAGAAAGCAAAAACCCUCAACUGUUGUAAAUCAUGGAAUUAAAGUUGAUUACUUAUAAAUAUGAACUUUGGAUCACUGUAUAGACUGUUAAAUUUGAUUUCUUAUUACCUAUUGUUAAAUAAACUGUGUGAGACAGA